AUGUCUGCGAAAAUGACAGUAACUUGCCUACCAGACUCUCCCGAGUCGCUAUCUCCUUCCCCAUCCACCCAUGCGGCAAACUGGUCGUCUCUCCUUAAGCCCCUUUCUGCAUUCCCCACCCCGCCAGAUUCAAUUGAGGCGGAUUCUUGGGGUCUGGAAAGUGAUAGAAAGGUCACUACGAAGAAGACAGCACAAACAACCAGCUGGCAAACACCAAAUAUUACGGCCUCUGCCAAUUUCCUAAUCACUUUGCUGCCGCCUUCAUGUAAGGCGCCGAGGUCUUCGACCAUCAUCCCCCAAAUUCUCUACAGGGGUCAGCACCUCUUUACUCCUUACACCAUUUCCAUGGCUGGUUGUAUUCUCGACGCCCUUUCUUCGAAGUUCUGUCAUACUCUUCUACAACACCCAACAAUCCCCAGGAUCCGCCGAGCUUCAUCCUUCAUGGCAGCAGUUCACGACGGUAGCUUUGGAGAAUUGACAAUUGCUACUACCCUUUUAAUAGCAACCAAGUUCUUGAACGACAGACCGCCACACAACAUUCACUUUGCAACACAAGUCUUCGACGGCGCAUUCUCAGUCGACAUGUUGACAGUGACAGAAAGGGUUAUUCUUGAGGAUGUCAACUAUAGACUCGGCUAUCUCUGCGCAGAGGGAGUGGUUGGUGAAAAGCUAGAUCGAUUGGAAAAAUGCAUCGAGGAAGAAAAGAAGAAGGUUUUAUGUGGCACCACGGGACUAGAGGAACUCGAACUCGAAUUGGAUUUCGAUGAUUUGGAGGUCAUCGAUGACGACGACAUUGUCGACGAAAGCAGAAUGCUUGCGCCGUUCGAGAUGGAUGAAGAUUUCGACUUUGAUGACGAUGAUGACGAUGAUGACGAUGAAUGA